AUGGCCGAGACCGUCAUCAUGAGUGGCGCUCCGAUCGCCGAGGACAACAUCAUCAACCGCCGCGGCGGUGAGUCGAUGUAUCAGACGUGUGUCAACCUCAAGAAGCGCCUGGCCGAGGUCCCGAACUUCGAACCCCACAUGCGAGAGAUGGAAGAGGCGGACAUGGCGCAGGGAAACACCGACCCCGUGGCCUCGCUAUGGAAUUGCCUGCGGACAGGAUACCCCUUGUUGACCAUCUACAAUGCCUCCGGUCCGGAAGAGUACCUCGAGAUCGAUACCACGAAAGUCGCUGAGGCCAAGCGUCCCAAAGCCGCCACCUUCAAGUUCCUGCAAGCCUCCCUGCAAAAGCUGGACUUUCCCCAGCAAGAUUGCUUCCUGAUCACGGAUCUCUACGGCGAAAAUACCACCGGCUUUACCAAGGUGAUCAAGAUGGUGAAUCUGGUUCUGGACAUCCUGGAGAUGCAGGGACAGCUGAAGCGACCGUCCGAUGACGCCUCCCGCGCUCCCGCGCAAGGGACCAUCAAGCUCACGAAGCGCGAACAUAUCCUCAAGGAGUUGUUGGAAACGGAGCGCGACUACGUCCAUCACCUUCAGAAUCUACAGGCGCUCAAGAAGGAAUUGGAGGAGACCGGUGCCCUGACCGGUGACGCCAGCCACCAGAUCUUCCUGAACUUGAAUAAUCUACUCGACUUUGCUCAGCGAUUCCUCAUCCGCAUAGAACAACACUACGCCUUACCGGAAGAGAGGCAGAAUUGGGGCGAGCUAUUCAUACAGCACGAGGAUGCGUUCCCGCAGUAUGAACCAUUCAUCGCGAAUCAGAUGCGUUGCGACGAGGUCUGUCUCAGAGACUGGGACAAGAUCCAUGAGGCCCCGCGCUCCAAGGAUCUGCUCCAGAUGGUGGCACAGCCGGCAACCUUGAACGGAUUCUUCGUUAAACCGUUUCAACGGUUGACCAAAUAUCCCUUGAUGCUAGGGGAACUUCUCAAGCAAACAGAAAACCCCGAUCUUCGUAUCGAUAUCCAAAGGGCAAUCGACACCAUUCAGUCUGUCCUCGACUCCGCGAACGAUGCGAUUGACAAAGAACAUUUGCAGACAGCCGUCAAAGACCUUGCUGAGCGCGUGGACGAUUGGAAGACCCUGAAGAUCGAAGCAUUUGGUGAUCUUCUUCGCUUCGGCACCUUCUCGGUCAUUAAGGGUGAUAGCGCAAAGGACUCUGAAAGAGAGUAUCACAUCUAUCUCUUCGAGCGCAUCCUGCUCUGCUGCAAAGACAUCAACCCGAAUAAGCAAAAGUCGAAAUUAAACCUGGGCAAAGACAAACCGGCCACGACCGCCAGGGGCAAAGCACGGCUCCAGCUUAAAGGUCGCAUCUACAUGGCAAAUGUCACGGAUGUCCUUUGCAUGCCCAAACCAGGCUCGUACCGGAUCCAGAUAUUCUGGAAGGGAGACCCGAACGUUGUUGACAACUUCAUCAUCCGUUACCAAAACGAGAGCAUUAUGCGCAAAUGGGCCAACGACAUUGACGCCCAGCGGCUCAUCCAGACUGAGCAACGCAACGUUCGCAACACCGGCACUUCGGAGACCGAAUUCACCUACAUGAAGUCCGUGACCAAUAUGCCGAACCCAUACCUGGAAAACGACGAGGAACAGGCCGCAACCAAGGAGGCAGCCUUCUUCUCAGAGUUCCCAAUGAGUCGCAAUGCCUCCAGCACCAGCCUCAGAACGCGAUCCGCGACAGGAGGGAGCGGGGGCUCCGGCCCGCCGCCGCCCUUGUCCGUCGGCCGUCCUCCGCGCUUCGCCGUCCCCGAUCCGAGUCUGUCAGUUCACACGCAUUUCUCCGGCGGCAGCAUGUCACCGGCAGAGAGGAAUGCCCCUUCGUACUUUUCGCCCGUCGCCGACACGGCAUCUACCAGAUCCAGCUCUCAGUCCACGGGAUUCUCAUACACCAGCAGCAGUCGUCAAACGACGCCGACCAACACCUGGAACGAGGAAAACGCCCGGUAUACUGCGCCGGCCUUGUCGCGUGCGACGUCGAGAGAUGGACCCAAUUCGAAUACGUUCUUCAGCGGUGCCCCCGGACGGGCUGCCCAACGGCCCUCUCUCCCUCCGAUGUCCGGGCCGCAAGCAGCCAACGGCAUCGCGCGGAUGCGGUCUGCGAGCAGUCCAGACAUCCAUGCUCACAACCCGGAAAUGCGUCGUUAUAUGGGCGCCCACACUAUGCAGACCGUCGACAACGUGCCCGUCCCGCCGAUCCCGGCGCACAUGGCUAGCAUGAAGGCGCCGGUCAACCGAAGCCAAACCAACUCCCCCACCAACGGCAACUUGCCUAUCCCCAGUGCGAACCACCUUUCCAACUCCCAGCAACAUCCCGACCAGCGACAUAUGACACCCACCCAUUUCCACGAGCCCCAGUAUUCCGACCACCGCCCCGGCACGUCGGCUGGCGACCAGCCGACCUCCCCUCUCAGCUACGAGCCGGACGAGGAGCCUCUCAUGCCCACGCAACUCAAGGUCAAGGUGAACUUCGAUGACAACUACGUGACGCUGGUGAUCGCCAGCAACAUCAUGUUCCGGUCCCUGAUCGACCGCGUGGACGCCAAACUGGCACGGUUCACGCACCGGUCCAUCGGGAGCAAGUCGGUGCGGCUGCGCUACCGCGACGAAGACGGGGAUUUCGUGACGAUCGACAGCGACGAGGCGGUGCAGCUGGCGUUCAUGGAGUGGCGCGAGCAACAGCGGGACAUGCUCGCUCGCGGCCAAGUAGGGGAGAUUCAGCUUUACUGCCAGGCGGUGGAGACUUAG